AUGCGUUUCCAAACUGCCACCCUCGCAAUUCUCGCCACGGCUCACACAGGGUCGGGCGCCACCACCGACUCCCAACAACACAUCACCGAGUGCCAAAACAACAUCGCUAGCUACCAAAGGCAGAUAACCGAGUGCCAAAAUCGCAUCACCAACUACCAGAAUCAAAUCACAGAGUUCCAAAAGCAAAUCGACCACCCAGAGCCCCAGGAGCGUGAAAAUUGGGGGGCUUGCAUGACCAAGUGCAUGAUAAAAUGGGGCAAAAGGAUCCCUGGCAAGAAAUCUGAUGCGGGAUGCCUUGUAUUCUGUGACAGUCAGUGCAUGAAGCUCCAGAAUUACCUGCCAUCCGAAGACCGCGUCCGAGGUGAUCAAACUGAUAAUAAUGGUAAGGCCGCCGGAGGAGAACAUGCUUUUGAGGGCUUUUAG